UUGGCAGGGCGGAGAGGUGGCAAAGGCGCACAAUGGCAGCCCAUCCCCAGCAGCCCGCCGCGCCUGGCGAUAAUUAACCCCGCGAGGCGCACCUGCGGCCCCCCAGGCACACCACCAGCACACACCACCACCGCCAGCAGCUCACACCACACCACCACCGCCAUGCCAAGCGCACACCUCAGCCUGCGGGAGGAGGAUGUGGUGCGGCUGACUCUGGAAUUUCUGCAGAACCGUCGCCUCCACAUCUCACAGCUCAACGUGGAGCGCGAGACUGGGAUCAUCAACGGGAACCUGUCCGAUGACGCCCUCUUCCUGCGACAGCUCAUCCUCGACGGCCAGUGGGAUGAUGUGCUGGAGUUUGUGCAGCCCCUUGAGGCCAUAGAUGCUUUCGACACACGCAAAUUCCACUUCUCCGUUCUCAAGUACAAAUUUUACGAACUCCUGUGCAUCAAGGUGGAAGCCCCGGCCACUCCGAGCAGAGACGGAGCGGUGGAUGAGCUGGUGAAGGUCCUCAAUGAACUGGAGAAGUACGCCCCGACCCGUGACGCCUACUCCCAGCUCUGUCUCUGCCUCACUCUGCCGCGCCUUAACGAACAUGCCGACCUGAGGGAUUGGAACCCUUCUAGCGCGCGGGUGCAGUGUUGGAACCAGGUGUUCCCCUUGGUGGAGCGCUUCCUGCCUGCCGAGCGCCGGGGUAACGGGGGCGGGGGGCUGGCCGGGGCGGGGGAGGGGGUGGGGGUGGCCAAAAACGACCGACUAGUCCAACUGCUCAUCAAGGGGUUACUUUACGAGUCCUGCGUCGACUACUGUCAGGGGCAGGCCACGGGGGGGGAGGGGGAUGGGGGCGGGGGCGGAGGGGGGUCAGGCGGAGGGGCGGCACUGCGUUUCCCGUCACUGUUAGCGGCAACGGCGUUCAGCGACUCGGAUCUCUCGCUUCUAUCCUGGCUUCACAGCAUCCCAGGGGAGACGUUUGCAUGUCCGUUCGAGCAGCAGACCCUCAAUGUUGACCUCGCCCGCCUGGACAAACCCGCCCUCGAGGCCUCCUGGACCGAGCACCUUCUCGUCACCCCCUUCAAGCCACGCACGUUCCCGCACUCGGCCGUUCCGUGCGGGCGUCCAAGAGCGGCGGAUAUCAUGUCGAGAUCGCUGAACCCCGCACUCGAUGGCCUCCCGUUCGGUCUUGGGGGUGCGGGGCGGGGCGGGGCGUUCCUUGCGGGGUCGGCCGGGGAUCUGAGUGCCAUGUCCCGGAGUAUGGCGUCGUUCCACCUCACGGGGCGGCGUGGAAUGAACGCAUCGGUGGACCGGCUCUUUGAAGCGGACUCGGUUUUCACGUCCGUCGCCCCGCCCCCCUCCGCACAAGGCGACCUCCCCCCUAUCACCGAGCGCCCCAGACCCCCCGCCCCGCCCCGCCCUCGCCCCCGGUCGCGCAGCCCCGAUAAACGCCACUCCACAGACUCCUUAAACCGGCCUCCCGAUCGCGCUGAGAAGGAGGUACGUGAGGAGAAGAACUCUUCGCCCCCUCCGCAUACCCCCCCAGCGCUCCCCCCCAAGGGCUCCCCCCCGCCGCAGCCCCCCCACGGUAAGCCAGGAGGGGGGGGAGGCACACAGAAACCCCCAACAACAACACAGCCAUCGUACAACAACAAUAACAGCGAGAGGGAGGCAGCCGGGGAGCUGUUUUCGAUAUACCAGCGACGGCAACAGCAGAUGUCCGAGCCCCCCCUCCUGCCCCCCCACCCCCACCACCCCCACCACGCCCCGCCCCCCCUCCACCACCCCCCUCACCCCCCGCACUAUGACCACCACCAGGCCAAUAACAACCACCACCCCGGUAUGCACGGACCACCACCUCCAACUCCAGCCACCUCCACCAACUCCUCCACCGCCCCCUCGUCCACCACCUCCACGCCUCCGCUCCACCACCAGCAGCAGCCCCCCCUCGCCUCCCACCCCCCGCACCACCUCCAGCACCACCUCCCCCCCCACAACAAUAUGCUGCCCCCCAACAUGAAUUACAACAGGAUGAUGCCACCUCCGCUGGGCAACGACACCCUCGGCCCGGCACCCCCUGGCACUUACGACCCCAUAAAGGGUAAAGACGGCACGGGCGGCGGUCUUAGCGGCAUGGGCACGGGGACAGGCACGGGAGAUAACAGCGCCAAGCCACGGUUUUUGGCCGUGACCGCGCUUGAGGACGUUCAGGCCGUGCGGUGCGCAGAGUUCCACCCCUCCGGACGAUUCUACGCCGUGGGCUCCAAUUCCAAGACCCUGAGGAUAUGCGCCUACCCCAAGCUGGCGGAUUUGAGAGAGGACCACACCACCUACCAGCCCACGGUUCUGUUCAAGCGCACGAAGCAUCACAAAGGGUCUAUCUACUGCCUUGCCUGGAGUCCGCUGGGAGACCUCAUCGCUACGGGCUCAAACGACAAGACUGUCAAGCUUAUGAGGUUCAACGCCAAUGCCUGCACUACGGACGGCCAGGAGAUUGAGCUGGGCAUGCAUGACGGCACUGUGCGGGACAUGUGCUUCGUGGAGGACACCAGUAACAAGUCUUCCCUGCUCAUCUCCGGCGGCGCGGGCGACUGCAAGAUAUACGUCACGGAUUGCGCCACCGGGACCCCCUUCCAGGCGCUCUCCGGGCAUACUGGUCACAUCCUCGCCCUGCACACGUGGGGAGGCGCCAUGUUCGUCUCAGGCUCGCAGGAUCGGACUGUUCGUUUCUGGGAUCUGAGGACGCGAGGGUGUGUCAAUGUGAUCACGCCCGCAGCCACGCCCACCAAGCCGGGCGCCCCAGUUGCCUCCCUGUGCGUGGACCCGUCGGGGAGGCUGCUUGUAACUGGACACGAGGACGCCGUUUGCUGCCUGUUUGACGUGCGCGGGUCCAGGAUCAUCCAAGCCUUCAGACCACACGGGGCAGACGUCAGGUCGAUCAGAUUCUCGCCCUCCGCUUACUACCUGCUGACGGCGGGCUACGACAACAAGCUGGUACUCACGGAUUUGCAAGGUGACCUCACGCUGCCCCUGCCCAGCGUGGUGGUGGCCGAGCAUCAGGACAAGGUCAUCUCCGGGCGCUGGCAUCCCUCGGACUUCUCAUUCAUCUCCACCUCCGCCGACAAGCUCUGCACGCUCUGGGCUCUCCCCCCCGUGUAGAAAUACCCCCCUCUCCUGCCCCCCCCGUGCCCCCCCGCAUGUUUCCCUGUGGUUUGGUGAUGCCUGUGCCCUUCCCCUAUCCUCCCAUACCUUCAUCCCUCCUCCACUUCCACCCAUUUCCAUAUAAAUCCACUUUCUUUCAACUUUUUUUUCUCAUCCAUUUCUCCGCUACAUAUUUUUCAUUCAUCUUCAUUCUCUCAGUCUCCCCCCGCUCCUGCCCCCCCCCCCCCCCCCGUGCCCCCCCGCGUGUUCCCCUGUGGUUGGGUGAUGCCUGUGCCCUUCCCCUACCCCUCCAUACCUUCAUACCCCUUCCACUUCCACCCAUUUCCACAUAAAUCCACUUUCUUUUAACCUUUUUUUUUCAUCCAUUUCUCGUCAUUCAUCUUCAUUCUUCCCCCUCUCCUGUGCCCCCCGUACCCCCCCGCAUGUUUCCCUGUGGUUUGGUGAUGCCUGUACCCUUCCCCUACCCCCCCAUACCUUCAUCUCCCUUCUAUUCAUCUCCAUUUCCACGUAUUUCCACUUUCUUUGAAGCAAUCUCAUCCACAUUUUUAUUUUUAUUUUCACUCUUCAUUUUUCUCCUCCUCCUCCUGCCUCCCCCAUUCCCCCCGUGGUGCUCCCCGGUGGUUAGGUGAUAGCUGUACCCUUCCCCUACCCCCCCAUACCCCCAUCUCCCCUUCAUCCCCUUCCAUUUCCCAUCAAACCCCAUUCAUUUCACCCCUUCUCUCAUCCACUCAGACUCAUAUAUCUAUAUUUUAUUUUUUCAACCUCAUCCUCCCCGCUCUCCACCCUCCCCCUCUCCCUCUCCUCUGCAGGCUGUGUACGUGUGUGUGUGAGUGUGUGUGUGUGUGUGUGUGUGUGUGUGUGUGUGUGUUGUAUAUA